GCUCCUCUAAUUCCUUGUGAGAUUCUUGAACUUUGAUUGAACUUUUGAGAUUGAGUUAAGUUCUCCUCCUACAGCUUACCCCCUAAUGCGUCGAAAGCCAUAGCGUCGCGAAUACUUCAUCAAUCAACAUGAUUCAAAUUGGGAACGGUAGCUGAGAUUAAGAGCUACAACAUAUCCAAGUUUCGCGACAUUCCAACGGCUAGUUUUCUGUCGACGUCGUUUCUUGUGAAGACGACUUUUCUGUCCAGAAUUUCGGAUUUAUAUUUUUGAGUAAUUCUAGCUCCUAAGUUCACCUAGACUCCGUCCUUAAUCCUAACAAGUGGUAUCAGAGCCAUAUUAAGGACAUUGAGAGGAGUCUACAGAAGUUUGAAGACCCUUCUAGACCCACCAUGGCCUGUGGGUGUGCCUAAGUGGUGUUCUAAAGGUUGGAUGUGUCUUCCGCUAAGGGGAAACUCUGCCGAAAUUUCGUGGACGCCGACACUUGUGAAAAUAUCGAGGGAGCUGAGUGUGGACAGCAAAGGGGAGCUGAAAUUCGUCAUUUCUCAAGGAGAAGAUGAAUGAGAGAGGAGGAGAUGCUAAUGGAAGAGGAGCUGUAGCUGAGAAGGCAAGUGAGCCGCCGCCAUCAAAAGUUGAAGCUUUGGAUGGCUCCAACUAUGAGGAAUGGAGCGGGCGGAUGAGGAGUGCCUUCAAACGCUACAAGCUACUGAAGAUUGCUGUUGGGGAAGAGAAGAUGCCGGAAGAAGGCGAAGCACGCGAACGGUGGAUUGAGAAAAGCGCGGUGCUUUUCGACCUCAUCCUUCAAUCGGUCAACAAGGAGAUGUUCGAGCACAUCAAGGAUCUUGUGGAAGCGGAUGAUUCGGGUCCAAGGGCGUGGAAACUACUACGUGAUGUGAUUCAGCCCAACACUCUCCCAAUGGUGAUCGUGCUCGAGAAGGAACUUGCUGCCAUCUCCAUGCGACCAGGGGAUGAUGUGAAGCCGGUCCUUGACAAGAUCAAGGACACCUAUGCAUGGAUGGCAGCAGCGGGCAGCAGUGUAUCUCAGCUGCAGCAGUGCACCAAGAUCAUCUCGGUGUUGGACAACUCUUGGGACAACCUCAUCCCCACCCUCAACUCUCAGCAAGAUCAAUGGACACCUGAGUGGCUAAGGCAGCAGAUUCUGCAGGAGGACUUCCGCAGACGCCAUAGGUAGAGGCCGAGGUGACUAUAAUGAGG